CGAUUUCCAGCACUGUAAAAAGGAAUCACUGUGGGGGUGUAAAAAUAACGGGAGUAAAAUGAUUUUGCGCCCGUGGGAUCGGGUUAAACCCCGUUCCAUGUCGGAUUUGGCGUGUUUCCUGCUUGUGGCCAUCUUUGUGCCGGUGACAUACAUCUUCCAGGUGACCACUGUGAUGCCGGAGCUAUUUGCCAUAGGAGGCUUUUGGUACACGGUACUAUGGCUGGCCAGCCUGUUCGUCAUCUUCAACAUCACCUCGAACAUGCUGGCCUGCAUGUUGGUGGAUACUAGUAUCAGAAUGGAGCUGUUAAAGCCACCAGUGGACACGGGGAAGUUAGCGAGGUGGCACAUGUGCCACGACUGCCAAACUCUGGUGCCACCGCGCUCCUGGCACUGCGAGGUGUGCAAGGUGUGCGUCCUGAAGCGGGAUCACCACUGCCGAUUCACCUGCUGCUGUAUCGGGCACCACAACUACCGGUACUUUUUCUUCUAUCUGGUGUACAUGAUUAUCGGAUCCUUGGCGGCUGCCAUAAUGGAGAGCAUCUACCUGUGGCACCUCCAUCCGGAUAUCUACUGGCGGUGGUCAACUCUGUUUACCGUCUUCGCUCCCGUCGUCAGCCUAAUGCUGUAUCCCAGCUGGGCGUCCUUUUACGUGGUAAUAUAUGAUCUCACCCUUUUAGGCUUCGCCAUAUCCUCGCUGCUUCUGGUCUUCCACUGGUCGAUAGUCAAGAGCGGUUCGGUGACGAGGGAGCGCGGCACGAGGAAGUACGACCGAGGUUUGCGGGGCAACCUGGAGAUGGUGCUCGGUCACAGGAUGCAUCUCACCUGGCUCUCACCUUUCUUACGUAGUGAUUUGCCUCAUGAUGGGGUGAACUGGGAACCAAUAGUAGCAUUCUCGCCCAAGGAGGACUAGUUUACAAUUGUGUCUUAUCCAUCGUUGACGUUAAUACCGGAUUAUUGUAAAGAUUUGUCGCAUUUACUAAUACGUUAAAAUUGUAGUAUCAAAAUACUAAUCAAGGCGGUGUCUUUAUGGUUAUACUGAAACCAACUAGUCAAUACCUGAAUCUUAAUCAGUAUUUAUAUCGUUCCACCUCUAUAAUAUCUAAAUCGCCUGUUUAUAUAAGCUUGGCUUGCGGAGACCUUAGUAGUUAUUACCUAAUGACUAGUAUUAUUAUCCCAUAUUUUGACCAAGAAAUAUUUGCUUGGAAGUCAUAAUUUUGAGUAGCGACACUUUUUUUAUAAACCAAUUUUUAUAUCAAGUACAAAAGAGUUUUAUUAAACUAAAGCUUUACUAAAUAUCAAGAAUAUUUUAUUUUAAGUGAUUAGUAUUUAUUCAAACAAAAAAUGUACUUCAUUUUUAUGGUAAUUUAUUUAACAAGUUUUUUAUAUCAAUUACAAAAGUAUAUUAUUAACACAA